AUGGCGCCGAACGCACAUUGGAGGCAGUAUCAGUCGAGUAAUAGCACCACUUCUGGCCGCAGCGACAACAGUACCGCUUCUGGUCACAGCGACCACAGCGACCGCUCCUACGACACAGCGCCGACAGAGUAUAGCGACCGAAGACCUUCUCUACUGCACAGCGAAACAUGCCAUCCCCGCGUACAAGGACGCGGUCGGGAACGAGACUACUUUGUACCUCAACACCAAGUCGACCGAUAUCCACAGCCCCCGCCACGCUCAUCAGUCGACACGUAUGCCUCGACGUCAGAAGAAGACCUCGCCGAUGACCUCGAUGAUAUGCCCGACUACGAUGUGCCUACAUAUCGACACGAGCCGCUAGGUUGCGAUGCCAUCCCUACCACACCCCGCGACUUUGGAGAGCUCUUCCCUACAUCCAAGCGUUUAUCAAUACGGCACGACGAUUCGACCAUCGACGGAAACAUGAAUCUGAGAGUAGAUACACAGAUUGAGGAACGCGGACAUCGGAAACAGAACUAUACUCUCUUCCACCUCCGCAUGCAGGAUCUUCGCACACGUCAAUUCUCCCUCCGCCGAUACUGCAGAGAGUCUGGACGCGAAGUCUGCCACUCGACACGCAAGUAUCAGAAGCCGGCUGCCGAGAUGCGACCAGUCUUACAACGCGCAAGCACAGCCCUCGCUAGUCUGGUCAAAUCCGACUCUCGCCCCUCAACAUCAGCUGGUCUGAAGCGGGCCGACUCCGGCUAUGACUCAGUACAAGGCAGUGUUCAUGACGACGACAACGAUGAUGACAUGCCUUCGGAAUCACGCCCCAAAUCUGUUGGCUAUUCCAAAGGCCGCGCCUUAAUACCCACCAAUACAAUCAAGCUCGAGUUCUCAAAUUACGCACAUCUCGAUGUUAAGCGCCGUGGGGCCAAGUCGUACAAGAAGUACGCCUUUGAAUACUGGGGCGACAACUAUUCCUGGAAACGCAUUGUCAAGAAGGAAGGCCGCGAGCAACACGAGACUGUCUCCUACUACCUUGUCCGCGAUGAUAAUGACAAGGAGCCGCUUGCGCAUAUCUGCCCCGUACGUUUGACGCAAGAAGAGGCACAUGAGGAGGCUGCCCGUGGGGGCUGGAUCCCACCGUGUUACAUGCGUGUCACAGAUGAGAAGAUCCUGCAUUCCGACUCGGACAUCUCUGAUGUCGUUAUGGCGACAGGCCUCAUGGCUCUCGUGGACGACUGCAUUAAGCGACGUUUCCACUCUAAACAGAGCACAACGAUGCAUAUACCACUCCUCCGGAAUCCAUCCUUCAAGAUGGCCAAUCUAGAAUACAUUGGCCCUAAACGUCUCAUCGAUGAGAUGUUCAACCGAAAACAUCAAGAUGGCAGCAUGUCGAAGAGACGGACGUCGUCAGCGGCACGUCGUGUGCCAACAUCAGUUUAG